GACAUCAGUUUGUUAGAUUCGAAAGAAAGCCAAGUAUUUCAUAUAUUAGUAUUAUAACUAUGAAUAAUUCGACACUUUUUAAUAAAUCAGAGUCAGCAGAAUUAUCAGGUGUAAAAAUGAAUGAAUGUUAUGUACUUCUCAAAAAACGAUACGAUACCCUUUUUAACAAUUUAAACGUUAAAAAGCAAGAUUUGGCUGAUAUUAGAAGAAGUUAUCAAACGGCACUCGGAGUAGAAAGUCAACUGAAUGCUGAUCUAGAAACUUACCAUUUAGAAGAACAAAAACGUAAAAAUGAACUGCUUUCUCGAGUAGCAAUUCUUCGGGAUAAAAUAGCGUCGUUGAUAUCUGAAUCUGCACAAAUAAACGAACAAAAUAACGUUGAAAUUAAGAAAUUGGAACAAGAAAAUUCUCUUCUUAGGGAGGAAGAACCCGUAACAUCUUAUCAAUUACCGAAAUGUGAUACCAAGGAAAUUGAUGAAAUUCGUAACAAGUUGUCCUCUGCUACAACUGAUUCAGUAGUAGCUAAAGCUACCCUUGAGGAAUCGAAAUGUGAAAUUUCUUCAUGGCAAUCAAAAAUUGAAGAAUUACUAUUAGAAAUAAGUGAAUUACGUGCAGGCACUGCUAUUAGUCGGGAGGAAAAGCAUGAAGCUAAGGAGAGAGAAGCUUUUGCCUUAGCUGAACUUGCAGCAGCCAAGGCAUUGCUUCACCAAGUUCAUUCUGUUGAUCUACAGCCCCAUGCCACAAAAGGAAAUUCAGUAUUUGCAGAAGUUGAAGACAAAAGACAGGAUAUGGCUAAAAAUCUUAUUCAAAUGAAACAAACAAAUGCAAGACUUCGUCGGGAUUUAGUUAAUAAACAAGCAGAGGCUGAAGCUCUUAUUCAUGAGAAGCAAACAAUUUGGAUCCAACAAGCUGGUACUACCUCAGAAUAUGAUAGAGAACUUAUUGAAAGCUAUGAAGAUCGAAUUGCUAAGCUGGAAGCAAAAUGUGAAAAUCAGUGGAGUGAAAUAAAUCAAGGUUUAUGUAAGCUGUGCGAAUUCUCAUAUUGGCAACCUGGAAUUAUUGCUCAUUUAAAAACAGAACGGGAACAACUUCGCGCUAAUGUAUUGGCUAAAGGGGCUGCACAAUUGGCUAGUGCCGCGCAAAUUCGUGAACUGCGCCGAGUGGUGACCCUACAGACCAUAGAUACAAAUAAACAAUCAUCUCAAGUGGAUUGGUCAGACAAAAUUAUAAAUUGCACAGAUCGGCAAUACUCAAAAAGUGACAUGAAAAAAAUAAAAUGAUGGUUAAAAGGUUCCAAUAAAUUUAAUGACACCUAUGACUUAAAGCUAUCAAUAUGUAUACUCAUUUUAUGCCCUGAAAAACUUGGCUCCAUUUCUAAAAGCUUGUCAUCUUCAUAUUUAUCAUAACAACGAACCUGAAAAAUUAUAUGUGGGUAACACUAAAAAUGUUUAGAACUGGCCAGUUAAAUGCAUUGCUAAUAAAAAAAAUUUUGAAUUUCAAUUUUAGAACUCUUUGGUAACCUUAUAUUACUACAUAACUACUAAUAUACUUAUUGAAUUUA